AUGUCGUCCAAGGCACCUUCUGUCAACGACAAGACCAGUGCUCCAAGCACCGAAUCAAAGGACUCUGGUGCGCCACUGCUGAAAGACUCCACUGCACCAUCUACUCGAACAGUGACCGCCGGGCCCGCAGUGGACGAGACGGCUGCAAAACCACGAAAGAGAGAUUUCUGGAAACUGGGCAAGAAGCCGGAAGAGGACAAAGGCAAGGGGAAAGGCACGGUAUCUUCAAAGUCACCUCCUACGGCGGCGAGCCCCUCGACUGGCUUGAACCCGGUCUCGCCCAUGAGAUCACCAGAUUUGGUUGGCGGUUCAGUGUCACCCCACCGGGGCUCUCUGGGUCACCCCUACGGUGUGCCGGGUUCUCCAGGGCAAGGGAUGGGCACUUCUUCUCCUCGACCGCACUCGCCGGCCUCGUCGAUGAUUUUUGAGCGAAACGUCCAGGAGGAUGUUGCUCUGCCCGAGAAGUCCCCGCACAUGCCCUCUCACGUCCUCAUUGAGAACCACAUUGCGCCAGCCCUGGACGCAUCUGCAGAAGCCAUCACGGAUAAAAAGCUGAAUCCGGACACUGUGGAAAUUGUCACUCAUGCCACACAUCAACCAGCGGCGGUGACCAUUUCUGGCCUAGGAGCCGAGCAGUCCAUGGCUUCUUCAAUGCAAGAUGAUUUCCCUCCGUCGCUUGCAUCACUUGCGCAUCGAGAUACGGAGACCGGGUCCAACUAUGGGUCUCUAGACACGACUGAUGUUCGACGUUUGAGCUUCAUCUCUUUUGCCGACGUUGUUCACGGCGAACAAGAAUUUGGAGACGCGCGGCGCGACUCUACAUAUGUACCGGGCCAUCCGUCCCUGGCACCGGCUAGGUCUCCUUCUCCUCUUCGGUCGCCCACUUCUUCCGCUGCUCCUGGGACAUCACCCCCAAGCAGUGUCACAGCAUCCGUGAAGGGAUUUGAGACGUCCCCCCAUCGUGCUCCGAGAGGCGCAGGGAGCCCACUUCCAGGCCAGAGCUCGCCUCUGGCUGCAGGCAGCGAGAUCAACGUCGAAACCAUGCGACAGGCACUCCGGAAAACGGGAAGCGGGGAUUUGAGCCAUUUCCGCAGUCCACCACUGAGUGCCGUGGGCAAUGAUGACGGGACCUACGACCGACCUUUCAGAUGA